AUGUCUGAGCAUUCAGCAGGGUGUUUGCAACAACAUACAGUCUUCACUGAUCCAUGCUUUGGCACAUACAAGUACCUCGCUAUCUCCUAUUUUUGCAUCCCAUCUGAAGUUCGUUCGAAUUUGGUCUGUGAACAUGAGACGAGCGUCCUGACCUGUGAUGAGGGGACGGUCAUUCACAUCCAAAGCGCUAACUACGGCCGGACUGACGGCAGCACAUGCUCUACUGGACGUCCUGCUUCUCAGAUCGCCAAAACCGACUGCUACGCCUUAAACUCACACUCAGUAGUCGCUAGUGGAUGCGAAGGGAAAGACAGCUGCUCGGUUUCGGCCUCCAACAGUGUCUUCUCAGAUCCGUGUGUCGGUACAUUCAAGUACCUGUACAUCUCAUACUCCUGCGUGUCUCAGUAGAACGACGGCGGGUCUGGCCUCUUCAGUCGUCUAUAAGCAUCUGGCCUGCUUUAAAUGUGCUGAAACUUCUUAACUGUUGACGCAUCUACUGCUGUUUUGCUUUC